UCAAACUCCACUAAAAAUUGAAAACAGAAUUAUUUAAAAACAAAAAUACCAAUUUUUCUCAAGUUUUGAAAAUACUUUUUUUCGUAAUAUUGUUAUUGGCAGCUAAAGAUGGAAAUCAUUUGCAGAGCUUGUCUAUCCAAACAUGAACAAACGGAUCUUUUACAAUAUUCUGAGAAAAAUAGACGAUUGUUUGUAUAUUGCACAGGAUUGCAGGUGAAAAGAAAUGAUGCUUUUGCUUUUCAAAUGUGCAAGGAUUGUUAUAUCAACAUGAAGGUGGCUUGCCAUUUUAAGAAGACUUGUAGAAAUUCCGAUAAAAAAAUUAAAAAGUAUUCAGCCAUCAAAGAAAGUGGACAUUAUAUAGAUAUUUAUGAUUUUCUUAAAGACAAUGACGAUCCAAUAAAAUUACGGCUACCAUUAAAUUUGGGUAACAGUCCAUCACCAUACAGAAGAGAUGAAGACAAUGAAUCAACAUGUACAAGCAUCCAGAACUUCAUGACGGACAUCCUUCAAGAGCUGCCAGAUUCCGAAGCUAACAUCAUCAAACAGGUUAUUGAAGAAGAGGCUGACAUACUCGAAGAUUCACUCGACUCACACUGGCUAGAAGACCUGUCGGAUAAUGAGCUCGGAAUGGAUUUCAGUUUCAGCCCGUUUUCAACCCCAAGGACACUUCAGAAUGACAAAGACGAUGACAUUUCGACUUCAAAGACAUUGAAUAAUAAUGAAGAAAUCAAAAUAAAUAAAACACAUGAAUGCAGCUUAGAUAAUAUUAUAACUAGGAGCAUGGACAUUGAUCUGGAAUCACUGGACAAAAGAAUUAACUGCGAGGCUGGGAGUAAUGUAUGUGUGAUUGAUAUUAACAUAGAGAACGCUUUGAAAAACACAGCAGAGAAGGUUAUGUUAGACGAUCUACUAUCAACACCUCCAGUUUUACCGAACGUGACAUCACCGGCUACUCCACUUAUAAAGAAUAUUCUGUUUGGGGAUAUGGAAGAAACAUCACGUUAUAAUGAUGAACCACUAACAAGAACGACAGAAAUCAAAGAAAAUAUUGAAGUUAUAGAUGAAUUUUUAUACAAAAAUGUAUUAAAUGAUGUAAAUACAGAAGACGGUUAUAAUGAUAUUAACGAAAUAGAGAGAUAUUUGACUAAACCAGAAAUAAAAAGGAAAAAUUUAGAAGAUAUACCAUCAGCAAAAAAUAAAUAUUGCAUAACAAAUUUUUAUUGUAAAAUGUGUGAUAGGAAAUUUAAGAAUUUGGUCGCUUUGAAAGUGCACUGUGCUAAAUAUCACAAACUUAAGAUUCCAAAAGAUAAUGUUGCCAGGAUAAGAAAAAAAAUGAUUUGUGACUAUUGCGGGAAAAUAUUUAAUUCGCCAAGAUGUAUAAUCAAGCAUAUUGAAAAUCAUAAGAAUCCUGUGUCAUAUGAAUGUAAAAGAUGUUCGCUGAAAUUUGAUACAAAGUCGAAGUUGAGACUUCAUCAAGGCACUCACGAGCAUAAUGCCAACAACAAUAAUGUUAUAAAGAAGCAUGUGUGUUCAAUAUGCGGCUGGGCGUGCACAAGUUCAUCGAAUUACAACAUACAUAUAAAGAGACAUUUCAAUAUAUACAUGCAUACUUGCGAGGAGUGCGGACAGGGUUUCUACAGGAAAUGUGAUAUGAAUGCUCAUAUUAGACGUCACACAGGCGAGCGUCCGUUCAAAUGUUCGUAUUGUUCUAGAAGUUUCGCUAGACACGACGCACUCAACAGGCACAUUAAGCGACACACGGACGAAAGGCCGUAUCCAUGUAACUUUUGUAAAUCAACUUUCACUAACGCUUACGAUCUUAGACACCACAAAGAAAAUGCGAAGUCUUGUUUGAAAAUUCAAAUGUUGUUAGCGAAGAAGAGUAAUGUUGCCAGUGAUAUGGUAUUAACAACAAAUGUUACCUGAUGCAAA